AAAACACGAAACAGACCGAAGGAAUUUAUAUGCAGAGCAACAAUUAUAAAAGAGAAUUUAAUUCUUACCGCAGCGCACUGCGUUUACGACGAAGUGAAUCGAAGAACACAGAACCUACAUAAAUAUUAUGUAGUUACGGGAUACAUGUUUUAUGUUAGCUAUGAUUCUGUUCCGCACAACAAGCAAUUCGUUACAAAGUCAAACAAAGUCAACAAAAGUAAAAAACACAUUAAUAAAAGAUAUUUGGGAUUGAAAGGAAAUUUGACUGCGGACAUUGCAAUUUCGGAAAUUGAAACGCCUUUUGUAUUCUCAGAUUUCUUAUUACUGAUCUGUUUAGACGAUACUUUCAUUGAUAAUGCAUUAGAAAAAAACGAAGAAUUUGAUAGAGGCGUUUCUGGACAAGAUCGUUUGUAUUUACAACACGCAUCAUUUCCUUAUGUUCCGCUCAAUCAAUGAAAAUCUUCAGAUAAUUCCAUUAAAUCUGAUUGGUACAAAACAAUGGAUAAAUUUCGGGCUUGCUAUAGGAACGGUCAAAAGCAAAUCAAAAUCGAUUUAAAAAAUUUAACAUUUAUGUAAUUAUUAUUUAACAAUUAAUUCCUGUAUUCUAGGACUGUAUACAGGUGAAGGUGUCGUCGGAAGUGGACUGGUUUUUAAAAGUAACGAUUUGUGGUUUCUAAGAGGUAUUUUUAGUAUCUGUUUAAAUGCAAUACAGAUG